AUGGCGCAGUCCAGCAAGUUGGAUCUAGCCGAGGCUCUGGCGCUUGGGCCCAUCUGGAGGCACGCGUGCCACGCCAUGCUCUAUGCACCUGACCCGGGCAAGCUCUUCGGCCGCAUCCCGCUCCGCUACGCCGUCCUGAUGCAGAUGCGCUUCGAUGGGCGCCUGGGCUUUCCCGGUGGCUUCGUGGACUCACAGGACAGCUGCCUGGAGGACGGGCUGAACCGGGAGCUACGGAAACGGCUGGGCGAGGCGGCGUCGGCCUUCCGCGUGGAGCGCGCCAACUACCGCAGCUCGGAUGCCGCAGUGGCACAGCAAGUCGUGGCACACUUUUACACGAAGCAGUUGGAGCUGGAGCAGCUGGUGGCAGUGGAGGCCAGUGCCCCACGGGCCCGGGAAUAUGGGCUGGAGGUGCUGGGCCUGGUGCGGGUGCCCCUGUACACGCUGCGUGACGGAGUGGGAGGCCUGCCCGCCUUCCUCAAGAACUCCUUUAUUGGCACUGCCCGGGAGCAGCUCCAGGAAGCCCUCCACGACUUGGGACUGGUGGAUUCUGCUUCCAGCUCCAGCCCUAAGACUUCCACGCGUGAGUCUCAGUAG